AUGGGUUUCACUAUGAUAAUAUUAAACACCAGUUCUAUGGUUACGCAGACCCCUGACAAUCGAGUCAGAUUUACGAUUAAGGGAAGUCCGUCGAGUUCUUUGUCACCUCUGCCAUGGUCUGCAAGGUUAAAAAUUGCUCAAGGAGCUGCAAGGGGUUUGGCCUACAUUCAUGAAUUCGGUGCCCGAAAAUACGUACAUGGAAACAUAAAAUCGACAAAAAUCCUUCUCGACGAUGAUUUCGAGCCUUACAUUUCAGGUUUUGGACUUAGUCGUCUCGGCCAAGGAGCACCUAAGUUCACUCCAACCUCCUCCAAGAAGUUGAGCUCAAACCAGAACAUGAUAAGCUCAAUCAUGGGGUCAAGCAUUUCGAGUCCCUCGGCGAUGUACUUGGCGCCAGAGGUUCGUGAGUUUGGAGGGAAGUACACGCAGAAAUGCGACGUGUACUCGUUCGGGAUUGUGAUUCUUGAGCUUUUGAGCGGUAGAUUGGCCGAUGUCGUAUCGGAAAAUGAUGGGAAGGGGUUGGAAUGUUUCGUGAGAAAGGCGUUUCAAGAAGAGCGGCCAUUGACUGAUGUUAUCGACCCUGCACUUGUGCCUGAGAUUUAUGCUAAGAAACAAGUAGUUUCGAUGUUUCAUAUUGCACUGAAUUGCACCGAGCUUGAUCCCGAGCUGCGUCCGAGAAUGAGAAUGGUGUCGGAGUGUCUCGAUCGAAUCAAAUAUCAGUGA